CUGAAGGAGAUCCCCGUCUGGAAGGGAAAACUUCUCCAUCCUUUACGGUAAACAGCAGACACGGAAGUAGCGCGAGAGCAGUGAGUGAGUUAGAGAGAGAGAGAGAGAAACAACGCGAGAGACAAAAAGCACGAAGGUUUCCUGCAGCGAUGGCUAACCCGGACGCGGUGUACAACUCCACCACCACAACAGAAUCACAGCCGAAUCUGAGACGAUGGUUCAUGGUACCCUCUACCGACCUGGACUUCAUGAGAUUUUGUGUAAAAGUUGUGGAAGUGCUCUUGUCCUUCGUGGCGUUCGUCCUGGAGGAAGUGUUGAGCAGUUGCGGUUCCUGCAGCGCACUUUACUUCUUUGAGUUUGUGAGCUGCACAGCCUUCCUCUUCACACUCCUCCUCCUCAUCCUCCUCUCCACACCACUGCACCAGAAAGUGGGCAUCAGCUGCUGGCCCAAACUGGAUUUUGGAUACUCACUUGUGAUCAGUGUUUUUUUAAUCAUCGCCUCCAUCACCUUCGCAGCGGGUAACAACGGCUCAGAGGUGGAGAGCGCCACCGUGGCUUUCGGUUUCCUGGCCUCCUUCGCCUUCCUCGCAGACGUCAUCAUCUUCUACAAGACGAAAGGUUUCCCGUUUCUCCGUCCAGUUAACCAGCCGCCGCCGGAGGCCGAGAAGCUGAACGCCAACGGUACCAACGGUGCCAACGCUCCCAACUGAUCCAGUUAAAAAAAAAAAAUCCCUAACUUCCUGGUAUCUCACGUCCUCCUGGUCAUGUGACCCCUUAAACUCAAUCCAAAGAAAAACUCUACACCUUAAAUUUCUUUUUCUUUUUUUUUUUAAAGAAAUUUUUUUUCUUUUAAUAGCUUUUUAUUCAAGUGUUGUUUUUUGUUUUUUCCCCAUCCAGUUCACACCUCACGUAUUUUACACUUUCAGUUUGUAAUAUUUAUUUUGUUUUUGUUUUUAUAUCUUUUAGACCUUUUCUCACAACUAUGAAGUUUCAGGAAGUAACAUUUCAAUGAAUUGUUAAAUUUUUAGGUAGCAUAUUUAAAAAAAAAAAAAUCUUAGCGGUGAAUCUUCACCAGUCUGUGCCUUUAUCGUAUAAGAGUAAUGAUCAGUGUGAGAACAGUCACAUGACGCUCCCCUGACCUGACCUUUACUCCACCUGAAGCCUGAUGUACAGACGUGUCUCCUUUUAGAGUGUCCAGUACAUCCACGUGUGAGUGGACGACUACGUAGCAUUCCUUCACUGAGGAUUUCAUUCCUUUUUAAUUAGAGUGUGAAGAUCAUCAUCAUCAUCAUCAUCGUCAUCAUCAUGGAUCAUUUUAGAGCAGGUUUAAUAUUAAUCAGGGGGUUAAAUUCCAUUCUGUAUGCACACACACACACACACAUAUACACACUGAGGAUGAUGAUGUGUGUGUAUCUCCACAUGAUCUUGUGUCCUGCUUUACUCCACUUUAAAGUUUAGCUCCAGAAGAACUGAACCCGAUGUUUCUCAGACGCUUUCUAGAAGCCGGAGGGAGCUGGAUGUUUCGAACCCGUCCCUUUAAGCUGCACAGCGGUGUGUUUUGUCAUGGUGUUAGACUUCAGAAAGCAGUGUACAGGAUUAGAGAGAGAAUGCUGGAGGAUUGGAGGUGUGUUUCAGCUGCUCUUUAAACCCAGACAGUUUGAUUUUUUCCUCGAGCAUGUUUGUGCCGCUGCAGAACCGUGCGCUAGAACCCGAGCCGCUGUGGAUUCUCUGCGUUCGCACUAAUGAGUGAUGAAUGAAGCUGCAGGCGAACGUUCGUCUUCUUCGCCGCAAUUUCAGCGACUGCAAGUUUCUCAUUUCUAUUUAAAUGAAAUACAAAGCUGAAAAGAAACAAAAAGACCAAACAAUCAUCUGGAUUCAUUCCUCUGAUCAAUCCUACAGCUCCUGACUGCUCUUCAGCUUUACUUCCUACUUCCUGCCUUCCGCAAACCAAGAAAAGAAAAACAAAACUUUAGAAGGAAGUCGAGAGACUGCUAGUUCAUGCCUGUAUCUCCUACAGUUAGCUUGCUUUACUAAUAUGCUAAUUCGCUGAAAAGGCCACGCCCACAUCACAAAACUACAAGCUCCAGGUUUAACUCUCCACCUGCUAGGAUUUCUAUUUGAAGUGAAUCGAUUCACUUGACUCAGAGUCGACUCCUUUGGUGCUCAAAUGAUUCAUUGUUGUUACUUCCAC